GCGAGUAGAAGAGUAUGAAACACGAUGGAAGAGGAACUUAGGUGUACGCUUUGUAAGCAUUUAUUUCGUAAUCCAGUUUUGUUACCAUGUUAUCAUUCUGUUUGCCUGAAUUGUGCUAUUCGUUCACAAAAACCAGCACAGCAAACUCAACCGCAACCAGAGGGAUCUUUGAAUAAUUUGAAUGAAAUAACUGCAGAUUAUUCAGAUGUUGAUAAACUUAGUUUGGUAAGCGAAACAGAUAGUGGGGUGGUUUGCAACAGUCGGCCCAAUAGCUAUGUAGGUACUCCAAAUAUUCAGGGUAUUUUGUUCCCGCCUUUACAUAGCAGUGCGUUGUCUCUGAACUGUCCAGUAUGUCAGAAAGUUGUUUACUUUGAUGAAAAUGGAGCCAAUAAUUUGCAAAAAAAUCGAACUGUUCAAAAUAUUGUCGAUAAAUAUGUAGAAGCUAAACAUUUACCUGUUUUCUGUCAACUGUGUGAAGGUGACCCUAAAAUAGCCGCAGUUAUGUGUGAACAGUGCGAAGUGUUCUAUUGUGAAUCCUGUCGGGACAACUGUCACCCGGACAGGGGCCCGCUGGUGAAACACUCUUUAGUUAACCCUCAGCAAGGAAAAGCUAAUUUGAGAGCAAGAAUCAAAGAAAGGAAGCCAAAUUGCAUAGAACAUACUGAAGAAACUUUAAGCAUGUACUGCAUGGUAUGUAAAGUCCCAGUUUGUGUUCUGUGUUUACAAGAAGGUAACCACACUAACCACGACGUACAAGCUUUGGGAGCGAUGUGUAAGGCACAAAAGACGGAGCUGUCCCAUAAUCUCCAGGCAGUGUCUGAGAAGGCUAAAGGCGCUACAGAGUUUAUCCAGAAGUUGAAGAGUAUGAUUGAGAAAGUGCCAGACAACUGUGUACAGUUUGAAGCCACUAUCAGUGCCCAGUGUGACCUAUUGAUUGAGGCUAUAUUCGCCAGGAAACAGCAGCUACUGGAGUUCGCCAGGCAGGAACGAGACCACAAGAUCAAGACACUCCGGGACCAGAUAACUUCCUGUACUUCCAAACUCCAACAGACCACAGGACUUCUUCAGUUCUGUAUCGAAGCUUUAAAGGAGACUGACCCCACAGCUUUUCUCCAGGUUGGAAAUUCUUUAACAAACCGUGUAUCGAACUUGGAUAUGACAUGGCAUAAAGAGGUCAUCACAACACCAUGGCUUUCGCACCAGUUUGAUCUAACUCUUGACCACCAGUCUGUAUUGGAAGCUAUUCAGCAGAUGACCUUUUCUCAGAUGAAACCACCUGGCCCACCAGAGAUGAUUCCCGAGGAAUGUGUAACAGAGAACAACAGCGUGACAAUAGCCUGGCAGUCGCAGCCUACCAGCUUUGUGGAAGGCUAUGUCUUGCAGCUCGACGAUGGGAACAACGGCGAUUUUAGGGAUGUGUACUGUGGCCCAGAAACAGUAUGCACAGUAGACGGUUUACAUUUUAACAGCGUGUACAGAGCCAGAGCGAAAGCUAUCAACAGCACAGGAGAGAGUCGUUACAGUGACCCAAUAUCUUUACAUACAGCAGAAGUUGCCUGGUUUACUCUGGACCCUGUCUCAGCUCAUCCAGAUAUUGUUUUGACCAAUGAAAACCAGACAGUUACAUGUGAUAGCUACGAACACAGGGUGGCCCUAGGGAAUGUUGGGUUUUCUCGAGGCAUCCAUUACUGGGAGUUUUUCGUGGAUAGACUUGGGAACAACACUGAUCCUGCAUUUGGUAUAGCCCGUUUUGAUGUAGUGAAAGAUUUAAUGUUGGGCAAAGACAACAAAGGAUGGAGUAUGUACAUUGACCACCAGAGGUCAUGGUUUCUUCAUUAUGAUCACCAUCAUAACAGAACGGAUGGAGGAAUAGAUGAAGGUUGUGUAGUAGGUGUUCUUCUGGACUUAGACCAGCAUCACCUUAGUUUCUUUGUGAAUGAUGAACGUCAGGGCUCUGUUGCUUUCUCUGGUCUCCAUGGUGUUUUCUUUCCUGCAGUCAGUGUCAACAGGAAUGUGCAGGUCACUAUCCACACAGCUCUAGACCCUCCAGCAGAAGAGAAACCAUGUGUAGGAACUUAAUUCUAAACCUAAAUGUCUGAAUGAAGACAUGGACAUUGUACUUAAAGGGGGGGGGGGCAAAUAAACCGCAAAGUUGGACUUGCCAAAAAAAAGAUCUUAAGUGUUCCAGAAUGAUCCUUUGGACUACAUUUUAAGUUUUGUAUUUUUUUUAACUUUCUACUCUUAGUACUCUUAGGCUUAUAUAGGGGGAAAACUUGUGAAUUAGAUUCUGUAAGUUAUUAGUGCAUGAUUAAAAGUUAGUUGACAUACAGAAGACUUCCAGGGAAAAUCCAGAUAUCGUCUCAAUCAUGUUUUUCAUGCAAAAAUUUCAUUGUUUACUAAGCACGUUAUUGUUACUUAACUCUGAAUCCAUAAUCUUUAUUUGUUCAUCGAAAUUUUAUCUUCACUUUUUCACAUCAGUACCUGUACUCUGAUGGCCAUUUCUGAGCCUCAUGCAAUUCGAAAAGAAUCAAUGAGAUAACUUCUCCAUCCAGCUUAAAUCUUUAUCUAGAGUUCUUAGUUUCUUGUUAGUGUAAUAAAAACACAUUUAUUAAAUAUUGCAGUAGACACUUAUAGCAGUUUUGCUCAUUUAAAAGCUUUAACAUUGUUAUUAAUUGUUACCAGAACUUGACACUGACAUAAAAUUUUCAGUGAAAAUAUCUUGAAAUAUAAUUUCAUUGGAAUUUUAGGCAGAGUAGACAUAGAUUUGAGAACUUUAAUGGACUGAAACUGACUGUUGAAUGUAAAGUAGAUGACGUUUUGGCUUUUCUGCUGUGUUGUUUAUAACUUACUUGCCAAUAACUUCUAAUGAAAGCAAGCUACCUACAUAGAUAAGUAUAGAAGCCCAAACAUCAUCUCUUUUUCUUUUCAUUCAACCGGCAGUUACAGUCCAUUAAAGUUCUCAACCUACUUCCUUCAAAUAUCCAACCAUGUUCAAAUCAAAAAAUAAAAGAUAUAAUCCUAGUUGCUUUAAUUGCAGGUACUUCGAGUAUUUUCAAUGAAUUCUGAAUGAAUUGUAUGGUGAAAAAUGCCUUGACUACUUUGUUUUCAUUAUAGUGUUUUUAUUCUUUUCAUAAAGCUAAUCUAGUAUACCUUUCUACUGAUAAAUUUGAUGGCAACUUGUGAAGUUCAUUUAACUUUUAGUUUUCCUCCAGCUGGAUUCUGGAUGGAUUAAUUGAUUGUUUUGUGUUUAUGUGAUAUUAUUAUGAUAUUGAGUUUUUAAUACUGGCCAAGACAGUUGAAGAAUAUGUGUUCAUUGAACUACUAAAAUUUGUAUCUUAUUUGAAAUGUGUCAGUGAUGAAAGCUGUGUGUAAGAAAAACUUACUGUUUCUUGUACAUAAUUAUAUCCUUUUUAUACACUUUUGCAUAAAGUUAAUGCAACUUCACUAAUUAGGGACAUUCCCUCAAGUUUAUAAAUGUUAUUAUAAUUUAACUUAAGGAACUACUGCUCUCUCUUAGGUCAUCAAAAAACAAAAUGCCAGAUGUCUAAAUGGAUUUCUUGUUAAGUUUAUUAGAAGCAUCAUUACUACCUGUAAAGAUGCCAGUUGUUGUCACUUGUGUUUCAUGAGCUUAUCUAAAAUUACUGUUCCUGGAGUUUGGUUUCAAAAAACGUUUUAAUUCUUAUAAUGUCUCCAUACUGUAACUGAAAUUCCAUAUUGUGUAAGCACAUAAUAAUAAUGCAAGUUGAUACAGAAAAACGACUUUAUCUGAAUCAUAUUUUCUUAGGACAGUAUUGAAUGUAGUAUAUUUAUUUUUGAACUUUGUAGCAUUAAUUAAUUUUGUGUUACAGAAGAUACUGUAGCAAUUAAGAAUGUUGAUAAUGUAUGUUCUUCCAUAGCAGAUACUGUAGUGAUCAGAGUUAAUGACAACAUACAGUAGAUACUGUAGUGAUCAACUGCUGACAAGGUACAUUGUGUCUCAGUGGAUACUGUAGUAAUCAAAUGCUGACAAGGCACAUAAUGUGUCAAUUGAUACUGUAAUAAUCAGAUACUGAUGAGGUACAUUGUGUCUCAGUGUAUACUGUAAUGAUCAAAUGCUGACAAGGCACAUCAUGUGUCAAUUGAUACUGUAAUAAUCAGAUACUGACGAGGUACAUCAUAUCUCAGUAGAUUCUAUAAUAAUCAGAUACUGAUGAGGUACAUUGUGUCUCAUUGGAUACUUCAGUGAUCAAAUGCUGACAAGGCACAUAAUGUGUCAAUUAAUACUGUAAUAAUCAUAUACUGAAGAGGUACAUUGUGUCUCAGUGUAUACUGUAAUGAUCAAAUGCUGACAAGGCACAUCAUGUGUCAAUUGAUACUGUAAUAAUCAGAUACUGACGAGGUACAUCAUAUCUCAGUAGAUUCUAUAAUAAUCAUAUACUGAUGAGGUACAUCAUGUCUCGGUGGAUACUGUAAUGAUCAAAUGCUGAUAAGGUACAUCAUGCCUCAGUAGUUACUGUAACUAUCAGAUACUGACAAGUUACAUCAUGCCACAGUAGAUACUGUAACUAUUAGAUACUUGCAAGGUACAUCAUGCCACAGUAGAUACUGUAACUUUCAGGUACUGACAAGGUACAUCAUGCCACAGUAGAUACUGAAACUAUUAGAUACUGACAAGGUACAUCAUGCCACAGUAGAUACUGUAACUAUUAGAUACUGACAAGGUACAUCAUGUCUCAGUAGGUACAUCAUGUCUCAGUUGGUACUGUAACUAUCAGGUACUGACAAGGUACAUCAUGCCACAGUAGAUACUGUAACUAUUAGAUACUGACAAGGUACAUCAUGUCUCAGUAGGUACUGUAACUAUCAGGUACUGACAAGGUACAUCAUGUCUCAGUAGGUACUGUAACUAUCAGUUACUGACAAGUUACAUCAUGCCACAGUAGAUACUGUAACUAUUAGAUACUUACAAGGUACUUCAUGUCUCAGUAGUUACUAUAACUAUCAGAUACUGACAAGGUGCAUCAUGUCUCAGUAGUUACUAUAACUAUCAGAUACUGACAAGGUACAUCAUGUCUCAGUAGUUACUGAUAACAUUAUGUUUCAAUAAAUAGUGCUUUGAUCACAAAAAGUGAUAAAUAUUCUGUCAGAGAAGUUUCCAGUAUUCAUGAACAGAUUGACAGCUAUAUCUUUUAAUUGAAAAAAACUCCUGCCAAAAAUAUAGCAAUAUUACUACAAAAUAAGUGAUAAUGGCAGCAUGUAAUAUAUCAUUUGUAUUUGAAGUAAAAUAGAACCAUAGUUUGUAUUACCUUUAGAGUAUUUUUUAUGCACUGUCUUUUAUGGGUUUUUUUCCAUUGUAGGGUUGUUGCUCGUUUUUUAGGAUGAUUUCAUAUGUUUUCUAUGUCCAGGAAUAGUUUCUUAAAAGAAACUUCAACUUACAAAAUUGAAGCAUCAGACAUGCACCAAAAUGUCUCUAUACAUUAGUUGGUUGAAGUACUAAGAUAACUGUACAUUUAUCAUGUAGUGUUUAACUAUCUGUGUUUAGCUUGUGUUGGGAAGCACAUUAUACAUCUAAUUAUGUAAGAUAACCACUAAAAUUGCACAAUAUCUUACAACCUAUUUGGCUACCUUUGGUCUUAUCAGUGUGUUAAGCUACUUGUGACUUUGUUACUAUAAAGAUCAUAUAUAUUUAUUCUUUUCCACCCAGUGUGGUGGUCAUUACUACUCCAUUUAGUUCUAUUACUUUGGUAAAAUUAAAAUGCCACAAAUGCACUACUCCACAGACCACUUACUAAAUACAAACAAAAUUAAAGCUUUUAGUUAUUAUUGGAGAGUUACCUAUUCCAAUUCCGAAUCACUUAGUUCACAUUUUGUAAGUUGGAGCUACUGACCAAGAGCUAUUAUUGUUAUUAUUGUUUGAGCACACAUUCUUUGGCAGUUUUUUUCUCUUGCAAUUUAAGGGAAUCGUUUUGGAAAUAUCAUGUAACAGAAUGACAGAGAAAUUCUUUCCCUUCUACGGGAUAGGGGGUGGAUUUGUUAAUUUCUGACGUAGCAGUAUUGUGUUUUAUAUAUUUUAGUUUUGUUAUAAAUAUCAGCAAUGUUUAUUAUUUCGUACAAAAGAGAAGUGAUCUAUUCUUUUAAGCAAUCAAGAGUUGACGUUUGGAAUUUUUAUUCUAAUUAGUAAGUUGUUCAUUUAAAAAUAAUUUCUUGUUUCAUGAAAGCUUUUACUUACGGUCAUUGCUAGAUCAAUAAAUUAGUGGUCACAUUGGCAGGAUGAAAAAUAAUCAGUUUUUGUUUAGCUGAUUUCUGACAUACUGGCCGUUUUGGUCAGUUAAAUGAUAUUUCUAUUGGGCUUCAGUGUUGAUCACUGAUGCCACGAUAUUUCUUGUUUGUGAUUUUUAGUUCCGUUUUUGUAAGAAUGAACAAAAAGAAAGCAUUUGUAUAACCUUGGAAUAAAAAUGUAUUUGUUUGGAUUGA